AUGGCUCUCCCACCGAACUGCGAGCGAUAUCCCCGCACAGAAGUCGCGUCGAACAAACCAGAAUUCUUCCGCGCCGCCGCCGCAAAGAACCUGCCCAACGGCGGCUUCAUCAUCUACGAUGACACCUUCCUCUCCAUCCUAGGCCCCGCGCCAGAGCUGGACGUCAUCGCGGAGAACGACGCGUACCCGUUCGCGCACGAGGCAGGCGUCUACAUCCCUGCGCACGACGAGGUCUGGAUCACGAGCAACCAGUUCAAAGUCGCGGGGAAGAAGAAGAUCCAGAUCGCGAAGCUCAAGCGGGUAGGUGGCGGCGGGUCGAAGACGUUCACGGUCGAGGAAGUCGACCCCGGCAUCGAGAUGGCCAACGGCGGAGUCAACUACCGCGAAGGAGUGCUCUUCUGCGAGCAGGGCACGUUCACGAACCCCGGCGGGCUGGUGUACAUGGAGGCGACACCGCCGUACCGCACGCAGACCAUCAUCAGCAACUACCACGGGCGGUGGUUCAACUCGGUCAACGACGUCGUGGUGCAUUCCGACGGGAGCAUCUGGUUCACGGACCCGACGUACGGCUACGAGCAGGACAUCCGGCCGCGCCCGCAGCUGCCGAGCCAGGUGUAUCGGUACGAUCCCAGGACGGGCGACGUGCGUGCUGUUGCGGAUGGGAUCCGCAAGCCGAAUGGCCUGUGCUUUUCGCCUGAUGAGAAGACGCUGUAUAUCACUGAUACGGAUGCGGUGCAUGGCGAGGGGGUUUAUGAGCCGGAUCGGCCGGCUUCGAUCUACGCAUUCGACGUAAUCUACCUCCACGGCGCCCCCUUCCUCGCCAACAAGCGGCUAUUUGCCAUGACGGACUGCGGCAUCCCAGACGGUAUCAAGUGCGACACCGCGGGCAACGUGUACAGCGGAUGCGGGGACGGCGUGCACGUCUGGACGCCGGGAGGCAGUCUGAUCGGGAAGAUCUACGUGCCGGGGGGCUGUACAGUACGUCGUAAUAGGAAAUUCCCAAUCGAAUAG